AUGAAACAUUGGUGCAAUACUCUACAUCUACACUGUCUGGACAGCAGUGAAGCAGACAAAACCUUCAGUUCGUCGAUCUCCCCCAAGUUCCUCCGGAGCACUCUGCGGUACUUCCUUCAACAUUCUGCUGUAUUUCCUCAUCACUUUCGCUCAUCCCUUUUUGCUCCAGCCAGCCCUCGUACCGCACCCUCAUUCACAUGCACCCUCCUUGACGACACCACAUCCCGCGACACUAACGCCCCGGAAAUCACCGAUGAAACCCCAUCCGACCCUGAACACUCUGUCCAACAGGUCUCCAGACUCCGCUCAGAGCAUCUCAAUGCCUUUUUCGACGCUGACGAGAGCAUGUAUCAAGUCCGUCUUGCAAACGUCUUCAGUCUGGCCCUACAAAACUUUGUAGUCGAGCUCAGUGAACUGCAAACGGGCUUCAGACGUCUCGUCGGUCUCGAUUCUCCACUGCGAUACACUCCGCCAGAUUGUCUCAACUUCAUCCUCGACGAUGCGACGGUCGCCAACCGCGAGAGGGAAAGGGAGAAUCGGGAUGGCAAAGUUGAAACAGGCUGGUUUGUGCGCAAAGUCUACGAUGUCACAUGCGCGGGCCUUGACUUACUUUUUGAUGGGCGUCCAAUUCCCAGGUUCUGGAUGUUGGAGACUGUUGCACGAAUGCCAUACUUUGCGUAUUCAAGCUGUCUGCAUUUGCUCAGCACUCUCGGAUGGUAUCGAUCGCCGACGCUUAUGAAUAUGCAUCACGCGGAAGAACUCAAUGAAGCAUACCAUCUCGCAGUUAUGGAAAGCCUUGGCGGCGACAAGCAGUGGCGGGAUCGCUUUCUAGCUUUUCACGCAAGCCUAGUGUACUACUGGUUUCUUGUGAUCUUGUUUCUUUUUUCCCCGGCUGAAUCAUACCGCUUCUCGCAGAUUUUGGAGGCUCACGCCGCCGAUAGCUAUUGCGAAUUCAUCGAUGCGAACCGCGACUUGCUGAGAUCGCUACCCGCUCCCGAAGUAUCUCACGAGUAUUACUCCGAGUUCAUGUACUACUUUUACGAGUUUCAGCUUUCUGAUGAAAAGCAACCCCCUCCGGAACGGCGACCGGAGAUAUUUUCAUUGCUGGACGUUUUUGAGAAUAUUUUACUUGAUGAGCGAGAACACACACGGACGAUGAGCGCUUGCACCGAUUUUAUUGAAAACGGCAACAAAUUCCACUACAAUGGGAAAGCCGUGUCAGGCAGUUCGCGACGUCCGAAUGUCAUUCCCUCCCAAAAACGAGAACAGUUUUGGCGCAAAUGGGCAGGAGUCCAUAAUAAACGGGACAGGGGAUGACAAAGCACUAAGGACAAACAAGAAUUGGGACGAUGGCCCAUUUCCCUGUCUCGUUGGCUUUUUUAUGCCUUGAUUGAAAGAUCUCAACGUUGAAAUCCUCUCGCCAGAUUACGCCAGCAACAAUGAAGGAGUCUGCCUACUAUACGUAGUUGAUUGCUUCUCCAGUAGACGGCGGGUAUUGGGUAAUCUGUUGGGUUGCUUUGUUAGUUUUACGUAGUGCUUUGUAUCCUAGUACAGUCGAAUUACCUUCGUCAUUGAAAUCGCAAAGUUACGGUCACUUCAUUCGGUAAUCAUUUUCAAGAACAAACCGGAGCAUAUAACAAGGGGAAUUGUUGGGCAUCAGAUGGCCAGCCAACCCGACCAUAUGCUUCUGCGCGGUUCCUUCACUGUGACCAGAACAAGUGGCCCAUACAUCAAGGGUGAGCUGGUUACGACAGAAU